AUGGUCAGUUUCCAGUCCAAAUGGCGCUAUCUGCUCAUGUUCCUGGGCAUCCAGCUGAUGGUCAUGGCUCUGCUGUCCCUGGAGGGCUACCAGAAGAGGGUCACCUACUUCAUGCACUUCUUCCGUAAGUCCAACGCCACUGGUUUGUCGAACCGUAACCACUCAGUAGCCAACAUCACUGGAGGGGAUGUGAAUGCCAACCUCUCCCACCUACCCAAACCUCACGGUCAUGGAGACGCCAUGUCCUACUGCCCUAAGACGUCCCCUCUGAUAGGUGGGCCGAUCCACAUCAGCUUUCCGUCAGGGCUCACUCUAGCGGAUGUUCAGAGUAAAAAUCCACUGGUGUUGCUUGGAGGACGCUACAGGCCACCUGACUGUAAGGCGAGGCAUCGGACGGCCAUAAUCAUUCCCUACAGACACAGAGAGCUUCACCUUAAGUUCCUGCUCUACCACAUGCACCCUUUUCUGCAGCGGCAACAGCUCAACUACGGGAUUUAUAUAAUUCAUCAGGCUGGGGAGUACACUUUUAACAGGGCCAAGCUGAUGAACGUGGGUUUCCGGGAGGCCAUGAAGGACGAAGACUGGGACUGCCUCUUUUUCCAUGAUGUGGACCUCAUUCCAGAGGACGAUCGCAACACAUACAUCUGUGACUCCAACCCCAAACACGCAGCCAUCGCCAUGGACAAGUUUGGUUACAAGCUUCCAUACAAGAUGUACUUCGGAGGAGUGUCAGCUCUGACUCCACUGCACUACCGCAAAAUGAAUGGCUUUCCCAAUAACUACUGGGGCUGGGGCGGAGAGGACGAUGAUAUUGGAGUCAGGGUGUCUCUGGCGGGGAUGUACAUCACUCGUCCAUCUCUAAAAGUGGGCCGUUACAAGAUGAUUAAACACAACCGGGACAAAGGAAAUGCUGAGAACCCAAAGAGGUUCAACAUGCUUGCAAGGACGCGUCAGACCUGGAAGCAGGACGGGAUGAACACAGUUGACUAUGAGGUAAUCUCACGGAGAUACCUGCCCCUCUACACCAACAUCACUGUCAACAUCGGCACUGAGACCGGUCGACAUCCAAACCCCCCGAAGCCACCUCCACCUGCCAAAGCUUGA